AACGAGAGGUAUAACGAACAAUAUGGACUACCUUGCACAGGACAUUUUAUGCUCAAGAACCGCGCUGUGAUCCCAUCAAAUUCUUGCAUUUAGGCGCUGACCAAAUAAACUCUUUUUUACUCGGUCAUAAUGGUUUAAGAAAUAGAGUGGCAAGACAAUAUCAGAUUGCGAACAUGAAUAUCGUGCACUGGAGCGUGGAUUUGCAGUUAAGGGCCGAGAUGUUUCUCAAACAGUGUCGAAUGGAGCGCGAUUCUUGUCAAUAUGUUGGACCAGCCGAGCUGCAAGUAAACGAAAAUUAUCUCUUCUACCAAGGCAAAGUGAGCAAAAAAUGGCCGGCACGUUUGGUGCGCAAGUGGUUCAAUGAAUUUGGCUACCGGCAAAGUUGGGAUAAUUUCUACGUGAACAGAUCACAGAGUGUGGGCAAUUUUUCGCAUUUGAUCUAUCCGCUAGUGCAGCUAAUUGGCUGUAAUGCUGCGCACCUCCCUAACGGUCACUAUAUGUUUGUUUGUUAUUAUUGGCCACGUACGGGCAGGAGAUAUAAAGAGGGUUUCCUUUUCGGAGCACCUUGUUCGCAAUGCAAUCCGAAAGUACCGGUCUGUUCGCGCAUUUUCAAAGGAUUAUGUGGCAUUGAUAUUGAAAUAUCAAAGUCGAUGACUUUGUGUAAAGCGGAAUUCAGUAGAUUUGUAGGAGUCUUAUUGCUGCUAAUCCUAUUUAAUUAGUGUGUUUUGAAUUGCUUUGAUUUUUCAAACUUUAAA